AUGAAUACUGUUAUUGCUGUUAUCGGUGCCACGGGUAAUCAAGGGGGCGCCGUGGCCCGUUCCUUGCUCCAGAACACCCACUUCAAGGUUCGUGUCGUCACACGCAAUGCCAGCUCUGAGGCUGCUAAGGCGCUGGCCUCGGCUGGAGCCGAAGUGGUUGAAGCAAGCGGCUUCAACCACCAAGAGAUGGUGACUGCCUUGAAAGGUGCUUCGGCGUUGUAUGUCAACAUCAACUCGGACGAUAAGGCAUGGAAAGACCCUAAUAGCCCAACCGAGUUCGAUUUGGGGAAGGCAAUUGUCGAUGCGGCAGUCGAAGCAGGUGUUAAGAAUCUGGUCUACAGUGGGGGUCCCCCAUGCACGCAGAUGACUGGAGGUAAAGUCAGCAUGAAGGCAAUGGAUAUGAAGUAUCGGGUUGAACAGUACGCCAGAGAGCUGGGCAAGUUCCAGUCACUUGUUGUUGUUAACCCUGCGUGGUAUUUCGAGAAUUUCCUUGUCAAGGAGGUGGCUCCAGUCUUUGGAGGAUUCCCACACUUCCCCGACAACGAGGGCUUUUUGACUUUCCGUGUGCCAAACUGGGGCGGAGACAACAAAGUCCCGUUCCUGAGCAUCAGUGAAGAUUAUGGAGAUAUCAUUCACGGUGUUUUCCUGGACCCGACUCGGUGGAAUGGCCUUGUCCUGCACGGCGCGAGCGAUAUCCUUGGGUUUGACGAGUUAACGGCCAGUUUCGAAGCUGUUACUGGAAAGAAGUCCCGGUUCGACCCAAUCCUACCUACGUGGGAAGCAUUUGACACCCAUGGGAUUCCUGAGUUGGAGGAUGUCAAGCUCAUGUUUGGUUUCACCCAGAACACUGGGGGUCGUUACUUCGGUGAAGAGCCUAGCGAGAACAGCACUGCUGCUGAACUGAAGAAGAUUACCGCGGAGGCAUUGGGACGGCCCAGAGAGCAGCAUGCUUUGCUCACAGCGAAGAACUUUUUCCUGGCCAAAUUU